GGGUAACAAUCACCAUGCCCCUCCCCACAAAGAGGGCUGCUGCCGGAACAGACAGAAGAACGAGAGAGAGGGAGAUCCACUCAACUGUUCGCAGAGUUGAAAAGACACAUGAAACUUCUCUACGAAAAGGAUCAACAUUCUGAACGUGGACGACAACUGAAAAACUCGACUUAAAUGAGGAAUAUUAGACGUGGACAGCUGUCACAGAAGAAAAAAAUCAAGUUCUGAACUUUGGAUAUACGAUCGCAGGUAUUUUGAGGAGUUGCUGUCUGCUUUUCUUCUCGGCAUUUCCUAACAUAAAAACAGUUUUUGCUGCUUGUUGCACACAGUUGGAUUAACAAGUUAAACUUAAAUUUUUUUGGACACUCCGGGACAAGGCUGAGGAGGAGGUCUUCACUCUGCAGACGUUUCAGACUCACCAGUUAAAGAUGCAUAAUAGCACGAGCUGCAGCAAGAGCGAUGGCUUUAAGUACCCUCUGUACAGCUCGGUUUUCAGCCUGGUUUUUGUAAUUGGACUUUCUCUCAACAUGGUGGCUGUAUAUAUUUUUGGCUGGACAUUGAAGCUGCGGAACGAGACCACGACAUACAUGAUAAACCUUGUGGUUUCAGACUCUCUCUUUGUUCUCACCUUGCCUUUUCGGAUCGUUUACUUCAUUAGACGCGAGUGGUUGUUUGGAAGUGUAAUCUGCAAGAUCUCGGUGUCCCUAUUUUACACCAACAUGUAUGGCAGCAUCCUCUUCCUCACCUGCAUCAGUGUUGACCGCUUCCUGGCCAUUGUGCACCCAUUCCGGUCACAGGCUAUCCGCACUAAGAGGAAUGCCAAACUGGCCUGCUGUUUGGUGUGGGUGAUGAUUCUUUCGGGGAGUAUACCCACAGGGUUUCUUUUGGAAACCUCUUCGGAAGCAAAUCUCAACUCAUCCUCAAACUUCUGCUUUGAAAACUACUCCAAAGACCAGUGGAAGAGUGAGCUGUCGAAGGUGGUGGUGUUCAUUGAGACUGUGGGCUUCUUCAUCCCCUUGAUGCUCAAUGUGUUCUGCUCGGUCAUGGUGCUGCGGACACUAAGUAAACCGCAAGCCAUUAGCCGUGGGGGGAGCCUCAACAAAACAAAAAUCCUGAGGAUGAUCCUUGUGCAUCUGUUCUUCUUCUGCCUCUGCUUCAUCCCUUACAAUGUCAAUCUCAUCUUCUACGCUCUGGUUCGCUCCAAUGUCCUGAAGGGGUGCUAUGCAGAAUAUGUGGUCAGAGUUAUCAACCCUAUAGCUCUGUGCAUAGCAGUGACCAACUGCUGCUUUGACCCAGUCAUUUACUACUUCACUUCUGAGACCAUUCAGAGCUCCAUCAAACGCAAGUCCACAGUGUGGCACAAUGGGGCUCGGCUAUUCGAGAGACUGCAGGGGGACAGCUCACAAAGCAGCCCAAUCUCAUCACCAAAAACCCUGACACUGAGGAGUCUCAGGUCAAAAAUGUCUAUCAGUGAGUCAACAGUCUAAUGAAAAGUCAAUAAUGUGACAGGAUUAUUAAUUCGGGUGAACCUCAAAGCAGAGUGGAAACAGUGUGGCCUUAAAGACCAUAACAGCACAGACCACUGUUUCUAAGGAGUCACUGGAGGCCAAGGAGAGUUUUGACUGGGACUCAGACACUGAGACAAGUCAGACAUCGGAGUGUCUUGCAGCAUAAAUACAGUUUGGUACUUUCACAAUUCACAAUGCAUUUGUGAGAAAACAAGUUGGAUGAAGAAUGUGCAUGGUGCUUUUGCACAAAAGACAUUGUACUUGUUAUGUAAAUUCUUAGAGCAGAUUUAAUUUUUUUUUAAAUGUUUUAAGCAAUGCUGAACCAGUAUAACUUUUUAUAUGAACUGUGCUGUGGAAAUUGUAAGCAUUUGUGGCCUAAGAAAAGGCUUUUGAGCACUUUAAAUCGCAGCAUGUAUCCAUUAUACUGAAAGAAAAUAAACAGUUAUUAAUUUAA